CUGAAAUGAUAAUAUCAAACCCCAGACUUCUCCAGUGGAUGGCAGCCAUCACCAUGAAUGUGUGAAUGACUGUUGACCCUAUAUGGAAACACUUUAACAAUGCACACACUUUUGAAAAUAAUAACAGUGACAAUAAACCUGGAUCCUUGGAGCCUUUAAACAGACGAAUUCCUCAAAUGUGCUUUGACCAGCAUGUUAAAGGGCCAUAACAACACUGCAGGGAGUGAGAUGAUGUGAUUUUGUUGGGAGUCACCUCCUCCUCUUUAACGACACAUGUCACUCCCUUGUCAUUCCCUUGCCCAUGCCUGGCUGCAGGGACUUUAAGUGGGUCAAACAUCUCUGGCAUGUUUGCCACGUUUCCCCUCAAAAAAAAAUCUGCAGUUCUUAGAACCCGAUCGCGCUGUGUGAUCUCUGGGUUUAUAGCACGAGGGUUUCUGUGCGGAUGUGCUCGGAGAGGCUGAUCUUGUGCGUAAAACACGCGUGAUAUUUGAGGCGCUCCGGGGAUUUGUGGAGCAUGCCCAGUGCGCGCCUCCGGAGGGAGAGCGCGGGUGCGUGCGUGCGUGCGUGCGGGGAGGCGCGCGCGGCUGCAGGCAGCGGAGGAGUCAUACCAAGCAUAGCCUGCGUGUCAGUGCAGUCGACUUACAGCUGGCUGUGAGGACAACUGACGCUUUCUUUUCAUUUUUUGCUCCGCAUCCGCCGCUUUUACUCACUGAAAAGAAAAGUAAAACUUUUGAAAACCAACAGCGAGGUCACUCUCCGUGUGCGUUACUAUUAUUAUUCAGUAAAGUUGGAGGCUGGGCCUUUAGCUUUUUGACCGAGGAGAGAGAGAGAGAGAGAAAGAGAAAAGCUGGUCUCUCCUUUUUUUCUAUUUUUUUGAGAAAAAAAAAUAAUACAUAAGCUCGAUAAAUGCUACUAACGAAAAUGGACCUGUUGAACUACCAAUACUUGGACAAGAUGAACAACAACAUCGGCAUCCUCUGCUACGAAGGUGAAGCAGCUUUAAGAGGAGACCCCAGACUCCAGUCGCUGUCCCUGUCGUCGUCCUCCUCGUCCUCGUCCUCCUCCUCUUCGUCGUCGUCCUCCUCCUCAUCCUCCUCCAUCUCCAGCCACAGGACUGGCCCUCCUCCCAUCAGCCCCACUAAGAGGAAGCUAAGCGGCGACCAGGUCGACAGCGACAUGGACGACAAUGAGCACGUGGCGAAGAUGAGCCGACUGUUCGCUGCACAGCUGAAACCUAAUGGAGACUAUCGCAGCUCCGGCGUCUCUAAGGACCGCAGCCGGAGCCCGAUUGAGCGUGUGGUGGUGCCUGGCGCUCUGGGAGUCCACGGCAACCACCUGUACAGCCACACCCACCACCACCACCACCACCUGGCCAGCCUGGCCAGCAUGGACCAGCCGCUGGCGCUCACCAAGAACAGCAUGGUGGAGUCGGCACGCAGCAGCACGGCCUCCCUGGCCGCGGUGCCGCACACAGUCAGCGCAGUGGAACGCCAGCAGAAUCGUCCGUCGGUGAUCACGUGCGCCCCGGCCAACAACCGCAACUGCAACCUGUCCCACUGUCCGGUCUCCCACAACGGCUGCUCCAACUUCACCAACAACUACAGAAGGAUCAACACCAACACGGCCUGCGACCCCGUGAUCGAGGAGCACUUCCGCCGCAGUCUCGGGAACAACUACAAGGAGCCCGAGCCCACCGCCACUAACUCGGUAUCCAUCACGGGCUCAGUGGACGACCACUUCGCCAAGGCGCUGGGCGAAACCUGGCUGCAGAUCAAGAACAAGGGGAGUCCCUCGUCGUCCGGCAGCAGCCCAAACUCCUCCCCCGACAGUCACAUGGUCAACCACAACCACUCCCCUUCUGUGGUGUCCUGAAGGAGGAGGAGGGACCCCAGCCCCCCCCUCCACCGCCCCCACCCUCCGAACCACCCCGCCACUUCGGUCUGCCACCAGCUUAAAAACACCCCGAACCCUCGAGCCGCUCCAUCACUGCGCACUCAGAGGAUCAAUCAAGCAAUACGGACGUGCUCUGUCCCCCCCGCCGUCCUCCGCUCUGCUCCUGUCAGACUGUGAUCGGUAACGAGCGAUUCGGGUUCGGCUGGGGACCGGAGCCUCCUUCACGCCUUCAUCCAUCAUCCCCAAACGUCAAGCUUGGAGCUGAGCAAGUGUCUGUAGUUAUAUGUACAUAAAGAGUGAGGAGAGGUGGAGUUUUAAUUAUUAAUUCUCUUCUUUGUUUUUGUUUUCUUUUUUUAAAAUUUGUUUUGGUCUGUUUGUUUCUUUAACAGUAGUUUUUGUGUACCGCUUCUGCAUUACGAGAUGCCCGACGUUUGAGAGAAAAGAUGAGCGAGAAACAAUUUGGAGACAAAAAAAAAAAAAAAGUCAAGAAAAAAGUCACAAACCACCGGACUGUUACCAAAGAAACCUCAGACGCUGAUGUUUUAUCGAUACCCAGCAAGACGCCGUCUUGUUGUCCUCUCCCUCCCUCUCUCCUGCGUGUGUGUGUGUGUGUUUGUGUGUGUUGGGGUGAUUUGUUACUGUAUGUCGGUUGGUGACCGGGUCUGAUUUGCACUACUGUCGUGGAGGGUGAAGACGCCACGUCACUUCUGUCUCGUGGCACUGAUCCGAUCUCCACUGACCGUCUGUCUGAAGCCCAGCGGCUUCCAGCUGCCGUAUCGUGCUUUAUGUAUUUGAAACCAUUCAGACGACAGUGGGGCUGGGCCCUAACGCGUCAUUAGUGCCGCUGUUAAUAGUCACCUUCGUGAGAUAUUGAGCUCCACAGCCCAUCUAAACCUCCUGCAGAAGAAAAUCCAUCAAGUUCAAGACAGAUCAAAGCAGAAUUUCGUCAGAUUCGCUCUUUACAGGACAUUAAUAUGUCCUAGAGGGAUUAAUGCAUCUUUGAAUUGAACAAUCUGGGAAUAGAAGAACACAACAUUGUUUGUUUUAUUAAGAUAUACUACAGUAGUAGGUUAAUUUGAUAGGAAAACAGAAGAGAUGCACAAGUUACCAAAUAUAGUCUGAUGUUGCUUUAACUGUAUUUUUUUUAAUUAGGAAAAGCACUUUACUACAAAUGAGCAGGAACUAAAAAAAAUGGCUUAUGUGACGCAUUUCUGGUCCAAAAAUGACUUAAAGUUGGAAAAUGAGAGAAAAAAAAAGUCCUGGAAGUGAUCAGGAGUGAUCAGAUAGUUAUAAAAAAAAAGUUUUUUUAAGUUUUGAGAAAAAAGUGAAAAUCCACAUUGACCAUCAGUCAUUUGAACUUGAUAAAAACAUGACCAGGUGUUGGAGCGACGGCUGAGAGGUUUCAGACAUAAAGGAACGAUAUCCAGCUCCUGGAGACCCGCUGGUUUGGAGUUUGUGAGAUGAGCUCAGGCCCGUAGCGAGAGGAGAGCUGCAGACGUGCGUUAUUCACGACGCUGCACGUCACUUUGUGGUAGAAAAGAAGAAAAACAGGCGCGGGGGAGAAGAUCGCCCCCAUCGUUUAUAUUUGUGAGUCUUUGAAUGCGGGGGUUGUAAUUUGGCACCUGACUCUUCAUCCCUCCCUCUCCUUCUCACUGUGGUUUGGUAGAUUUCUACAAAGGUUUUAAGGGUAAUUUAAUGCUUUUAUAGAGGCAUGUUUUUUUUUUCUUUUUUGUUUGUUUUUUAAUAGCUGGUAUCUAUUAGUGUUUUUAGCAUUUCAAACUUAACUACCAUUAGCCUUUUCCAUUCAGACGUUGUUACUUUUUUUCAUUGUCAGUAACAGACUUAGACUCUAUACACUCACUGCUGGGUCAGUCCUACUCCAUAUAUUUUAUUGUUCUUGUUGUUAUUACACUCGUGUAUGUUUGUUUUCCAUUAAUAUCAGUAUGGUAACGGUCUACAGCGGGACAGCCUCCGGACAGGCUCUGUUGAACGAGGAGAGCGGCGUCUCGCCGGCGCACGCUCCUCAAGGUUUGCUAAAGAUGUUGAUCCAUCGGUGGUACAGGAUGCUACAAGCCUUCAGAGUGAGCCAGACGCCAAAUCAGCACCGAAACGAGUCGGCGGGGUGGCAAAUUAUGACAAAGUCUCAGUUUGACCAAAUUCUAAUGAGAUCCGAAAAUGCAGUAAUGUGAAAUAAGAGAAUUCUGACAUUAAAUUUAAAUCCACCCACAAAUCUGCACCAACGGGCAAUGCAGACUCACUUCUCCGCCUCAGUGACAUAUUUGUGGAAACAUGCAGAGGUAGAACAUGUAAUCUCACAGAAUCCAUCCAGCCGUGAAGUUGCAGGAAGCUUCAGGAUGGAUGCUCAGUCUCUGCAGCCGACUUCUCUCCCGCGCUCCGAUUUGGUGUCUGGACUUGUGUUCUUGUGUUCUUUUGCUUUCUUUCCUGAAGAAGGUGGUUUUUGUUGUGCAGUCGGUCUCUUCUGCCGCAGAAUGAAGAAACCCGGCAUACAUUCCUCCGGUAGGCCUCAGCUCGAGCUCGGCCUCGAGCGUCUCAGCUGAUCGCGACGAGGCGUUCUCCGUUUUCUUUUCUAGAACCGUCUGACGCAUCAGACGUGUCGGCCAUACUCUGCAGUAAAGGAACAGCAUUUUUGAGGGCGUUCAGAAGCAGGAGAAGAGAGAGUCUGCUCCUCAGCAGACCUGGUUUCGUUCUCAGCUUCUCCGUUUCCGAGCGUUCCACACAUUCCAUCCUCCAAACAGUCGCGACGCAAACAAACCCGGCUUCGGUUCGGUAACAGUGAGGCGGCCGGCGAGCGUCGGGAGGGAGGGAGGCGGAGCGUCUGGAGCUGAGCUCCUGUCGGCGCCGCCCGUGAGCGAGGAGACGUCCACCUGCCACUGAACGCCUCCUCCUCGCCUCCUCGCCGCCUCGGCCGGCGCCUCUGGGUCACAUCCAGACAACACCAGGGGGGGAAAAAGGGGGCUUGAAGUCCAGAGGAUUUUUGUUUUCCUGUUAUUAUUCGUUCUCAUUAUCAUUUCACUACCACCCUGUAGGUAGGAGGCUCUCUCUCUGCUUCGGCACACACUCCCUACACACUGUAGGAAAAUCACUUAAUAAGAAAUACUUUUUUUUUUAUAAUAGGUAACUAUAAGACCAUCAUUACGCUGUGCGUAACGAAUGUACAGAGAAAAAAAAAUCGUAGGUAUUUUUUGAGGAACAAUUAAUUUGUUAAUGAUAUGUAGCUAUUUAAUUGUUUUUUUUUUCCCUGUCCUAUUGUAAUCAUUGCAUUUCCUUAUGUGAAAAAAAGUUGAUCUUUUUUGUUUAUAGAGUUUGUCUUGUUAGAGUAAAAGAGGUUCAAGUGCAGGAACACAGUAAACAUAUGAAACCGCAGCGCGCCCUGCUCGGGCGCGUUGGUGACAAUCGCUGCUUCCAUUGGUCCCCGUUGCUCCCAAAUCAUCCCACUUGUCUUCAAUCAUGCGAUUUCAGACACAUCGGAACAAACGUUUGACUAUCCAGCAAAUUGCAUGUUUUGCAUUGACGGAACAAAGACCUGGCAUCCUGGUGCCUGUUCUCAAACCACUUCCAUCGAAGAAUUCUCUCUUUUUCAAGGCAGACAUUUUCCACCACUGCAUGAAAGUAAUGAAAACAGGUUUUGAGUCUGUUCCGUGUCGGCAGAUGGGAACUGAACUGUAAGAUGUGUUGAAAUGGAGCUGCCAGUCUUGACUCUGUCCUCACAGUUCUCAUCUGUAGAGACCAGCACCUGUAAUCUAGUUAACCCGAAAAGAAAAGAAAAGAAAAAGAAGAUCAAAUCAAAGAGGAGUUGUUUUUCACUCUCUGACUGUAAAACAUUUUCCAGGUCCUUAUCUUUUGAAGUGGAAGUAGCAUGUAUUUAGUGGUAGAAACUCUGAACUGUAAGAAAAAUGUCUAUCAAGAAAACAAGUUGAUUUGUGGCUCUGUGUCUCCUCCUACUAAAAAGGUUUUGGCAGGCCACCUUUUUUGUACGUAAAGUAGCCUUGAUGAACAAUAAAGUGCUUUUAAACCAC